AUGAGCGGCCCCGGUGUUGGAUUCGAGUACCCCCGCCAGCCCGUUUCCUGGGUCAAGCGCGAUGUGCUGCUCUUUGCGAACACCAUUGGUGCUACCGACGACGAGCUUCACUUCCUCUAUGCAACAUUCAAGGGCGACACCCAGGAGGUUGUCGACUUCUACGCCGCCCAGAAGGCCGUCCAGAUCCCCAACGUUCCUUCGUUCGAUGCCCGCCGCGUCGUCGAUGGCCAGCGCAAGAUUGUGCUUCACAAGACCAUCCCCCCCACUUCGGCCGGCAAGAAGUUCGAAGUCCGAACCAAGGUUCUCGGUGUUUACGAUAAGGGCCGUCCCGGCUCCGUCGUUGAGACCCAGACCGACCUGGUAGAGCUUCCUAGCAACGAGGUCUACGCCAGCGUCAUCACCAGCAGCUUCUACAUCGCCCAGGGCAACUGGGGCGGCCCCAAGGGCCCCGCGACCGAGAACUUCCCUCCCCCGAAGGACAAGAAGCCUGAUGCUACCUUCUCCCAGGCUACGAACAAGGAGUCAGCGCUCCUCUACCGCCUCAAUGGAGAUUACAACCCCCUGCACGCGACCCCCGAGCCCGGCAAGAAGAUGGGCUUCCCCGGAGCUAUCAUGCACGGACUGUACUCCUGGAACUCGACCGCCCACGGUCUGCUGAAGGCCCUCGGUGGCAGUGACCCUGCCAACAUCAAGGAGUACCAGGCGCGCUUUGCCAGCCCCGUCAUGCCUGGUGACAAGCUGGUGACAGACGCCUGGAGGACAGGCGAUGUCAAGGAUGGAUGGGAAGAAGUUCGCUUCCAGACCAAGGUCGAGGGCGGAAAGAUCGUUCUGAGCAACGGUCGCGCGCUGUUGAAGGUUGUGGAGUCCCCCAAGUCGAAGUUCGGUGACGACAACUUGCUGGGACCCGUCGCUGGCACGUCAGGCAGCUGGCUGGGCGUAGAAUGGGACGACACCGGACGCGGGAAACACGACGGCCAACAUAAAGACGUCCGAUACUUUUCAUGUCUCUCAAAAGCCCCCACCGCCGCUUCAUUCGUGCGGCCAACCCGCCGCGCCGACGCUGCGCAGAGCUUCGUCGCCGCGUUACACGGCAAGUAUGCCUCUGAGGCGGUCGCGAAGCGCGAGGCGGAGAUUCAGCAGAUCGUCUUCUUUGGUAAGAAACCUGCUGAGGAGGUCGGCUUCGACAAGAUCCGCCGGCAGCUCGCGCGCGUCGAGGACUUGACCAUUGUGAUUCUCGACGGCACGCGCAUCCAGUCGGACGUCGUGGACGGGGACAAGAGCAUCAAGGAGACGAGCCCCCUCAUUUACGAGCUCGAUAUCAGCAGGAACCUGUUUGAGGAGUUUGACCAGGUGAUCAAGAUCUGUCAGGAGCUGGACGGCUUGAAAAGUCUGAGACUAAAUGGUAACCGCUUCCGAGUCAUCGAGACGGGAGAAACGCAGGCCUUUGCAAAAGUGACUGAGCUGGAGCUUGAGGAGACACUGUUAGGCUGGGAAGCGCUCUGCGGUCUUGCUCGCAAAUUCCCGUCCCUCGAGACCUGGAGCUGCAGCUUGAACCAGUUGACCGUGCUGCCCAGCGUCUCGUUCGGAUCGCUCGCUGCUACCCUCACGAACUUGGAUCUCGAAUUCAACGAGUUCACAUCACUCUCUGACAUCGCGGCUCUGUCAUCCCUAGAGUCCCUCCGCAACCUCCACCUCAAGGGCAACAGCAUCGCCACCAUCUCCUCUCCUUCCGGCCCGGUCCCGACAUUUUCAACGAGUCUGCAGUAUCUAGACAUAUCCUAUAACGCCGUCGCAAGCUGGGCCUUUGUAGAUGCCCUCCCCACCUCAUUCCCGGGCCUCACGGCUCUCCGUUUCGCCCACAACCCAAUCUACGACCAUCCCGACCCGGACGCCGCCGCCGGCGACAACCAAACAAAGUCGACGGACGAGGCACACAUGGUGACCAUCGGCCGUCUCGCCUCCCUCAAGGCCCUCAACUUCACAGCAAUCUCGCCCAAGGACCGCGAGAACGCAGACAUGUUUUACCUCUCCCGCAUCGCCAGGCAGCUCGCCUCCGUGCCCGAGGCCGCCGAGCCCGAAGUCAUUGCCCAACACGCCCGCUACAAGGAACUCUGCGACCUCUACGGCGCGCCGGACGUCAUCCGCCGCGACGAGAUUAACCCUACCUACCUUGAGGCUCGUCUCAUCACCGUACACUUCACCCACGUCGCGGCAGCGGCAGCACAUACAGACGGCGGCAGCCGGGACGAAGGACAGCAAGUGACCAAGACGGCCACGAUCCCCAAAUCGUGCGACGUCUACGCCGUCAAGGGGAUCGCGGGACGGUUGUUUGGUGCGGAGCCUCUGCGGCUGCGUCUGGUGUGGGAGACUGGCGAAUGGGAUCCCGUCGGCGGGUUCGACGAUGAGGAGAAUGCGGAUGAUAGCAGCGACGAGGAAGAUGCUACCGGAAGGAGCGGUGAGGGCGCUGCUGGGGCGCAGGAGGCGAGAGGAGGUAGAUGGGUCAAGAGGGAGGUUGAGCUUAGGGAUGGGCCGAGGCAGUUGGGGUUCUGUGUGGAUGGAAUGGAUGUCAACAUCCGCGUGGAAGACAGGUGA